AUGAACAAAUACUUGUCACACAUUUUCUCUCUCUCUCCCUCUAUCCCCCUCUCUCUCCCUCUCUCCCUCCUCUCUCUCUCCCUCCCCCUCUCUUUCUGCUAUCUCACCAUUUCAAUCUAUCUCACUCUAUUCAUAUCUAUCUAUCUCUGUUCAUAUCUAUCUAUAUAUCUAUCUCACUUUAUUCAUAUCUAUCUAUCUAUCUAUCUAUCUAUCUAUCUAUCUAUCUAUCUAUCUAUCUAUCUCACUCUAUUCAUAUCUAUCUAUCUCUGUUCACAUCUAUCUAUAUAUCUAUCUCACUCUAUUCAUAUCUAUCUAUCUAUCUAUCUAUCUAUCUCACUCUAUUCAUAUCUAUUUAUCUAUCUAUCUAUCUAUCUCAAACUUUUCAUUUUCUAUCUAUCUAUCUAUCUAUCUAUCUAUCUAUCUAUCUAUCUAUCUAUCUAUCUAAGCCUGAACGUCUCUCUCUCUCUCUCUAUCUAUCUAUUUAUCUGUCUAUCAGUCUCAUUUCAUAUCUUUCUUUACCAUCCUUCAAUCUAUCUAUCUAUCUAUCUAUCUAUCUAUAAGGCUGUUCAUUAUCUAUCUAUCUAUCUAUCUAUCUAUUCGUUUAUCUAUCUAUCUAUCUAUCUAUCUAUCUAUCUAUCUAUCUAUCUGAAAUAUUUAUCGUUUUCUUCUUUCUUUCUCUCUAUGCUUAUCUUUUUCUCUCUUUAUCUCCCAUAUUUCUCCCCCCUUCAUUCCAUGUUCUUUACAUUUCUCCCCUCCUCCCACUCCUCUCAAUUCUUUCCCCUUUUCAUUUCCUUUUCCCUCGCUACACUUCCCCUCUUUUCGUUCCUAUUAAGUUCCCUAGUUUUUUCUCCUCUGCAUUUUCCUUUUCCUCUCACUACUUUCUCUCCUACCACAGUUCAUUUCUAA